AUGAGUUAAUAGUGCAUUUUAGAUCCCAAAAGUGAAAGUAACAGUCUAGUCGACUGUCUUCCUUUACUCAGCGUGUUAGUCUCGUGGUACUUUCGAGCGGAGAAGGUUGUAGGCGGGUGUACAUAGACACAACAUAAAGAGGGGACAUAAAGAAAAGGGAGUUUCCGAGUCUUUUGGGUGGACGUUGCAUUGAAAAAGGGGCGAAUUUACUACUUCGGUCAGUAGCCUACUCUGCAUGCCUGGAAGUGUCAGCGGACAUAUCUACUGGGUUAAGUAAACAACUGCUGUUUAUUGAAAGUACUCCCCAGAUGGUUUCCCAUUGAAAGAACGUAGAUCAUCGAAUCGAAAGACGAAGAAGACUGAAGAAUUUACUGGAUUUUAGACCCAUAUAACAGUGCAAGCAGAGAACAAGCAGAACCAUGGUCCAGUCUGAAUGCCGGCUCCUCAGGGGGCUGCUGGGUAUUAUUUGUCUAUUACCAGUCUGCAUUUGUGCAGAACCAGAUCUCUGUGUAUCUCUGAAAGCCAUACGGACAAACCUAAAUGCAACCCUAAGGAGACGUUUUAUGAAAAUGAACUUUCCCAUUAACUAUACGAUUCAAGUGCAUUAUGAAGAGGUAUUCAGACUACGGAACAUCAGCCGGCUGAAUAUGAGUAUUGACGAGCCACUGCAGCAGAGAGAUCUGCAGGAUUUGUGGCUUUGGAUUAGUCAUCAGGGGAUAAAGAGGGUUUUAAGGGUGCUGCCAGAGAGACAUCCUACACGCACUAAAUACCUCUCCAACCUGGAGAAUCUCUUCAGACGUUUUGAGGAGGUGUAUAACCAAAAGAAUCCCAGAGAUGAAGAGAGAGUACUUCCAGAGAGAAUAGACAACAUCUGGGAACGCUUGACAGACCAAGAUUACGAGGGAUGGAAGUCUGUUACACCCAAGUCAAUUCUGGACAACUGUUAUCGGACUAUGCUUUGCCUUUUCAAAGAGUGCUUCUCAAAAGAGGACGACAAUUAUGAUUAUUGUAAAGUCCUCAACUGGAGUAAUGGGACGAAAACUACAUAGCAGCAGAUCUAAAUGGAUCUGAUCCUGUGUUUGUGUUGCUGGUGUUGGUGUAAAAGGGUGUUACCCGGGUUUUGUAGUGACACGCAGCAUGCUUGUGUGCCUCUUGUUCUAGUAAAGUCACUGACUGCCUCCAUCGUGGUUACCUAUAUGGAAAAAUGCAGCGGCCGUCACACCAGUUGGAAGACACUCUACUGACCCUGCAGCUAUUGCUCUCCGUCAUUCAGACCAUGCAUACCUCCAUUCACCUGCCUGCCAGCUUUUUUAGCUAGUAAACAAUCAUAUAUGCACUGUGUGUGUGCUCUGUGGAAGAGAGCAGCUUUGACUCUUCGCUGUAGCAUUUACUAUUGGUAAUUCCAUAAGUCUUUGCCACUGUAACUUACAUUUCUGAGGAAAAUCCAUAUUUUGUCCUUCAUGUAUGCCAAAACAGUAUAUUAUCAUUGCCAUGAUGUAAAUGUUCUUGGUAAGAUUUAGAUGUAUAAAUAACAUAAAGCUUCUUUUGUACACAUAUCAUUUGCAUGCAAAUGUUGUGCUGACUGCUGGCUUAGUUGGCAUUGUUUCUUUUACCCAGAGGCUCUUUACUUUGUGCUUUACUGCUGGUCAAAUGUUGAAAGAUUGCACCAAAGCAUUUCUAUAAAAAAGUUUUUUUUAAGGUGAUCAAGAGGGUUUAAUACCAAGUUUGCAUAUGUUUUAUACACAGAUUUUAUUUUAGGUUAUUUAUUUGGACCCUUGUCACAGAAUGUUCCAGUAACUUGUAUCAUGGCUUGGAAAAUAAAUCUCUCUCUGUCACC